UUUCAAAUAUGAGCGUCACUGCUGCGAGUACCUUACUGUAUAGUGCUCGCGCGUCGGUCAGUGUGCGGCGGGGGGUCGCAGCGAGCGCACGUGUGCGUAGCGGAGGGAAGGUGUCCACGAGACUACCACGUCAGCGUUAAGAUGGAUAUCUCAAGUGACACCCCUAAACCAAGAACUUCUGCUCGUAAGAGAACACCGGCUGGAACUUUUGUAAGCCAUGAAGAGAAAAUAUUAAACUGGCUGGAAGAGGAAAGUGACGAUGGCUUUAGUGGUAUUGAUGAUGAAGAUGGAGAUCCAAGUUUCGAGCCUGAAAUCCAACGUGAUGAAGAUGACAUAAUUUCACGUGAAGAAGAUUCAGAGUCAAUCUUGGAAGAGCAACAAGAACCUGUUGUGGAGGUUGAACGUCAACAAUCAUCAGACAAGUCACAAGAACACUACACAGGUAAAAACGGUUUUAUUUGGAGUGCACAAGAGGGUCGUAGGACAUCACGCGUAUCAGCUCAUAAUAUAAUUCGAUUACCAGGACGUAUUAUAACAAAAAAAUUUGAAGGUUACUUGGAACUUUGGAGUAAGCUGAUUGAUCCCACAAUGUUAGAAUCUCUGGUGCGAUAUACUAACCAGAAACUCAGUUCGUACCGUACCAAGUUCAAAAAUAAUAGUAUGGCCGAACUUGUGGACACAAAUGUAAACGAGAUGAGAGCGUUUAUUGGUUUGAUGUACUAUUCAUCAGUAUUCAAAUGUAACGAUGAAAAUAUCAACACAAUAUUUGCCACCAACGGCACAGGUCGGGAAAUAUUCCGAUGCGUGAUGUCCAAAUUGCGUUUUUCGUGUUUGAUCAACUGCCUUAGAUUUGAUGACUCAAUUACCAGACAGGAACGUUUAAAAGAUGAUACACUGGCUCCAAUAUCCGAAAUAUUUGAUAAGUUUAUAUCCAACAGUCAAUCUGAAUACACCCCUGGAGCAUACCUCUGCAUCGAUGAAAUGUUAGUGCCAUUUAGAGGUCGUUGCAAAUUCAUAAUUUAUAUGCCUCAAAAACCAGCAAAGUAUGGUAUCAAAAUAUUAUUGUUGGUGGAUGCUCGUACAUAUUACAUUUACAAUGCUUAUAUAUACCAUGGGAAGUAUUCCGAUGGUAAAGGUUUAACCGAUCAAGAAAAAAAAAUGGCAGUACCCACUCAGUCGGUUUUAAGACUUGCAAAAGUGGUUGAAAAUUCGAACCGAAAUAUUACUGCCGACAAUUGGUUCAGCUCGAUACCACUAGUCGAAAUAUUGCUGAAAAGAGGACUGACUUACCUGGGUACUCUGAAAAAAAAUAAAGCUGAAAUACCGCCAUGUUUCUUGCCGAACAAAAAUAGACUGGCAGAAAGUUCGUUAUAUGGUUUUACUAAGGAUUAUACACUUUUAUCAUAUGUGCCGAAACCUAAUAAAGCCGUAUUGUUGAUUUCUUCUUCUCACCAUAUUCAAGAAAUAGAUAAAGAUACAGGAAAACCAAUUAUGAUUGCAGACUACAAUAGUACAAAAGGUGGGGUGGACGAGGUGGAUAAAAAGUGUUCGAUAUAUUGCUGCAGUCGUAAAACUCGUCGUUGGCCUAUGGCAAUCUUUCAAAGGAUUCUGGACAUGGCAGGCAUAAAUAGCUUUGUAUUGUAUCAAAGUUGUGAUGAUAGUGAUGGCAAAAUGAGGAGAGGAACUUUUUUGUUGAAUAUGGCCAGAGACUUAGUGCUGGAUCAUAUGAAAAACCGAGUAUACAAUGAAAGAUUGCCAAGGGAGCUGCGAAUGACUCUGACUCGAGUUUUAGGCAAGGAUACACCCCCUUCACCUCCAGUAGCUCGAUCUGUUCCACCGAGUGGCAAAAAAUUAUGUUAUAUUUGUCCAACUAAAAUAAAAAGACAAACUAAAUACCGUUGCUGUGAUUGUUCGAAGCCAAUUUGCCUUCAGUGCUCUAAGCCACUGUGUGAUAAUUGCCAAACAAAGUUGUGAUUUUGAAACUCUCUAGUUUUUAAGUUGACCAACGAAUGUAUCUCAAUUUUCCUAGACUGAUUAAUGUUAUUGUGAACUUUUAAAAUGUAUAAUGUGAAAUU